AAUUUUUCAGGGACACCAACGCUGUACUGUACCAGUUUUAUUUGCGUAAUGAGCGCAUGAAGAACACCUGAAAGGAUUCAUUUCGACAGAUCCAUCCUUUAGUUUGUUGCUAAAAUGAAAGAUCAAACGCUCCUGACCCUCACCGCUGUGGUUGUGCUCCUUCUAAUAUUUUUUCUGACUUCAUUUGAUGCACAGGAGAAGGCACAAAAUGUUCUUGGGUUCAAUAAAAUUCACAAAAAAUUCGCAACAGGUACAGCUAAAGUAACACCAAAGUGCAGCCUCUCUGCAGUCUGUCCCUCGGACCACUUUGCUUUUAAAAUCUGGAGUGGAGCUGCUAAUGUAGUUGGUCCAAAAAUCUGCUUUGAUGGUAAAAACAUUAUGAGCAACAUUAUGAACAAUGUGGGACCAGGACUAAACAUUGUGGUGGUAAAUGGUGAGACUGGAGUUGUAGAAAAAUUUGGCUAUCUUAACAUGAUUAGUGGAAACUCGGCAGACAUCUUGGCAUACCUGAAGGGGAUAAAACCAGGAAUGAUUGUGUUGGUGGCCUCUUUUGAUGAUGCAGCAACAAAGAUGACAGAUGAAAUAAGGCAGAUGUUUGUUGAGAUGGGAAGCACUUUGAUCAGCUCUGUUAAGCAAAGAGACAACUGGGUGUUUGCUGGAAGAACGGGGACAAAAAUCAAAGGCUUCUUUGAGCAGCGAGCUGAAAAUGAUAAGAAAACAAAUGUUUUCGAUGGAUGGCCAGAGAUGGUGGAGGUGGGCGGCUGUUUCCCAAGAACCACAAGUGUCUUGAAGACUUGAAGCUAUGGAAAGUAUUUUAUUCUUCAGAAUUAAACAAAACACUCUAAAUGCAUGCUUACCCUUUCUUACAUAGUGGUCGCUGCAGUGGGCAGCUAUUCAGAAAUAGUCUGCUUGCGUUAUUGAACUCCUGCAUGUCACUUCCUAGACCAACCACUAAACAUUAUUAAAAAACAUAAAAUCAUGAACUAGGUGGAAAGUAAUGCUGGGCACUUGGUGAAUGUUUUGGCUUUCCCUCUGUUGUACAAAAUCCUUGCGGGCAAAAAAAAAUAUAUAUAUAUAUAUAUAAAUAACAAUCUGAAUUAAUUGUCAAAAUGUUUAUCUUCUCAUUUUAUACUUGGAGGAUUGGAAUACAUUACCUGUCUAAUGAAGUGGACAUUAUGCAUCAAUGGUUAUGUUUUAGCAGUACUGGUAAUGUGCUGUUCCUGGAAAUACUUGAAUAGCAGCACCUGUUCCUGCAUCAAAAAACAAAACCAAACAAACAUAUUUUGGUUAUUAGCCUGUACUUUUGAUGUUAGUUCAAUUGUGCAUGAAGCAGUUGGUGUAUUUUACUUAUUUUCAAUUUUUUCCACUAUGCAAGUCUACAGGUGGCACAGAGGAGCUUGGUCAAGUGAGCAGAAAGUUAGUACCCUAAAGAUUUUUCUCAAGACAUAAAUGAAGGAUUAGGAAAUAAUAGACAUAGUCAUAAAGGAAGUACAUAAAACUGUUGAGGAUUUGACAUUCACAAAACUUAAGGACAUUAUAAAGCAUUGGAUUUCAGGAUGCUCAAAAAAAAUCUGUUGUUUCAGUGUGGUUGCCUUGUGGAUAUGUUCCUUAGUCGUACCAAUAGGUUGCUGGUUCGGGUCAUUUAGUGCUCAGAGGUUAUUUGUUAAAUUCUGGGGUUAGGUAAAGCAGUAGAGCUCCCAGAGGUAUUAGUUUGAAGGGUGAAAGGAGCAUCUAGAAAGACUCUGUAUAACACUGAGACCUCUUUCACUGUAUUCAAUAAUACUAGAAAAUGGGAAAAUGUGUAUGAUAAUGUUUUUUGCAAUAUUUUAGUUUUUUCCUAUUAAAUAUUAUUAGUGUUUUGUAACAUUCAGCUAAAUCCAAAUGUUUCACACCUUUGGCUGA